AUGGUCCACUCCACGGCCUGGGCAACUGCACUCUUCGCCGGCCUAGCGGUGUCUCAGUCCUAUCCUCCUGAUGCGGUCGAUAAGUUGGCAACCGACAGUUUGCCGAAACUGAAGGAAUGGCUAGCAAAGAACCCCCAGGACAGUUGUACUGUUGAAACGGCCGUCAGACGGAAAGAGUGGAGCGAUUUGACUCCUCAGGAACGAAAGGACUACACCGACGCCGUCCUAUGCCUUCAGUCGAAACCCGCCUUGACCAGCGCGGCAGCACCGGGCGCGAAGAGCAGGUUUGAUGACUACGUGGUCAUUCAUAUCCAACAAACGCCGAGGAAUCACGGCUCGUACUGGAACUGGGACCGUUAUGCCAAAGACCCGGUCAACUCGCCGCUUUUCGACGGCGGCGAGGCAAGCAUGGGAGGUAAUGGUGCAAAGGAACCCCACCAAGGCAUCAACAUACCCGGCGCCGGCACCAUUCCACCCGCGGAUGGCGGCGGUUGCGUUACCACAGGUCCAUUCAAGAACAUGACGGUCAACCUGGGCCCGCUCGCGCCAACGCUCCAAAUCAAGCGCAACCCCCGCGCGGACGGGCUGGGCCACAACCCGCGCUGCCUGCGCCGCGACGUCAACAAGCACGCGGCGGCCGUGACCACAGCCAACUACACGCACGAGCUGAUCACGGCCAACCAGGAGAUCUUCUGGUUCCAGACCGUCAUGGAGGGUCAAUUCUCGCAGGGCAAAAUGCAGGAUCUUGAGAAGAGGCUGACCCAGGUGAGUAUGACGAGGACCAUGAAUAAUAUGCCCCCGAGCGCGAACGGGACGUUGGAUGAUUUGAGUGGGUUGGGGGUGUUGGCGCCGGAUGUCAAGGUGAGGGAGUUGAUGAGCACGAUGGGUGGGCUGAGUGGGAAGUUUUGUUACAUUUAUGAAAGGUCAAAGACUUAUAAAGAAGUCGGGCCUGGUAAAUUCCAACCACCGCCCCUCGGUCUCCCCAUUGCCAGUAGGUCAUACAUUACCGAUCCCCUCCAAAUCACCGGCGCCACGGUCCAUGGCCAAGUCAUCAACACCAAACAGAACGCAUCUGGCUCGACCCAACACUCGGACCCCGACAACUUCCCAAACGGCCUAGCCGACACCGGCACGGCCUUCUUCGCCCUCCCCAACGCCUCCUUUACCAACCUCCUCACCGCCAUCCCCCAAGCCGUCCACAACACCAGCGUGCCCGGGCACAUAACUUCCCAGGAUUUUGCGGAACUGCCCUGCGCAAAGCGCAACAACCCCACCAACACUCUCGCAUUCACCUUCUUCGACCCGCGGCCCGGCGGCGGCCGGGGGGGGGGGGGGCGCAUGUGGGCAGUCGAUGUCAUGUCUGAGGGGUGUAUGCGGUGCAGCAUGCGUCUGGGUCCGGUCACACUGGGCCACGAUUCCUGGCCCCUGUCGUGCAUAAGUCGGUUUCGCCUGCAACACAUCCAACACGCCAAGGUCUCCAAGCACGGGGUAAAAAGUCGAAAGCCCGCAGGUUCAGAACUUCAGCACGAUGCUUCUUGGUGGCGCGCUCUCAUCCCCAGCCCAACGGGCAUCAAAGGGCGGAAUGUGAUUUGUAACGACCCAUGUCCCUUGAAUGCAUGGUGCGGCUCGUUGGACGCUUGCCCGAAUGCCCGAGGUCUAACCUUUCCCCUCCACGGUAACUGGAACAGCAAUGUGGCACGGCGACGUGCCAAGAGCAGGGGACCGGUUCCCACGACCUCAAAACCGCAGGUUGGGGGCCCUUGA